AACAAUCUCAAGCUUCAUGCUUUAGUUGUGGUGGUUCAACUGGAUUCACUGAAUCUUCCCUAUAAUCUGAAGUACCACCUUUUUUAGCUUGAAAGAGCUCGCUAACAAUGAAGAUAUUCAGUUGGAUGCAAAGCAAGUUGAACGCCAAGCAAGUUGCGAGAAAGCCAAAUACAGUAGUGGCUAGUUAUCAUAUGGGGCAAGCUACUUUGAAAGAAGAAUUUAGUGAUUGGCCUCAAUCACUGCUGGCGAUUGGGACAUUUGGAAUUAGUAACUUGAAAGCAGAUCUAGAGAGGGAAAGUUCUGAAGAAGUUGGUGAACUCAUCCAAGAAGAACUAAUCUCUUUUUUGGACGUUGAAGAAUCUGAAUCAGUUGAAGAAUCAGAAGCUCAUGAAGCUCCAUGCGAGGAGCUUGUAAAUAGAGACAUAUGUGUGCAACGUAACAUCUCUGGCAUGUCCUCUAGAGGGAUGAAAGGCAUUUUUGUGGAUAAUAAAAAUGUCAUCAGAAAGAAGUCGCUGACCUUUCUCCUUAAGAAAUUCUUCACAUCCAGGAAUAGGUUUAACCAUAUAAAUGACUCCUUGCACCCAACCAUCGACAAGUCAAGAAUGGAGAAGAUAUUGAGAGCUGUACUGAACAAGAAGAUACAUCCCCAAAGUUCUGCUUCCAAGCCAUUGCCAAACAAGUACUUGGUCAGUCAAGACACAUCCAUGGAUGAUGAAAUCUCUGAGACAGAGGAUGAUUAUGAAGGAAGCAGCACAUGGGUUAAGACAGAUUCUGAAUAUAUUGUUUUGGAGAUUUGAUUGGAACCAGCAAUAUGAACAUUAAUCUUAAUUUUCAUGUACAAAUUGAACAAGUUUGGAUCUCAGACGAAGAAAAAAAGCUUACAAGGAUGUCCUAUGGUGAACAAAUGUGUUACUUGCACCGGUGAUGGUUUUUUUUGUAACAACAUAUUGAUAUUUCUUUCCUAUAAGGAAUUUUUAUCCUUGAAGCUUCUCAACAUGUCAAUGUCAUGGUGAUAAGGAUUAAUUAAUAAAUAUGUGAUUCAUAAGCUCUAAGCUACUUGCUACUAUCA